AUGUCUGAAUUUACAAGAAACCUUAUCAAGGAUUUGAGCGAGCUUUUAGAAAACUCGGACGAAUAUAAUAUCAGUAUCAUCGCAGGUGAAAAUGGAAACACAGAAAAGUUUCAAGCGCACUCUCUCAUUCUGCGUGCACGUUCUAGGUAUUUUCGUCGUGCGUUAUCAAAAAACUGGGCAAAGAAACGUUUUCUGUCUUUUCAUGGUGCCUUAUCAAAAGGCAGGACAAAGAAAGAAGGUGAAAUGAUGGUUUUUAAGAUACCAAAUAUUUCACCGCAAAUUUUUGAGCUAAUACUCAAGUACUUAUAUACAAGCAUGAUAGAUCUCAAUAAAGAAAGUGGACAUGACGUCUUAAGUUUACUCGUUGCCGCAGAUGAACUAGAAAUCCACGAAUUAAUUCAUCAUGCGCAAGAUAAUCUAAUUACAAAAAAGCUUACCUGGAUUCAACAAAAUCUUGUAAAGAUUAUGCAUACCGUUUCGCUUCACAAAUCAUUCAAAAGAUUAAACGAACAUUUUUUGAAGACAAUCAACAAAGAACCUCAUAUGAUUUUCAAAUCUAAUGAUUUUUUAUCUCUGGAAGAAUCAGUGCUUGUGUCAUUGCUCGAACGCGAUGAUCUAAUCAUGGAUGAAAUUGAAAUCUGGAAUUCGAUUAUCAAAUGGGGUACGGGGAACACUUUGAAUUUACCCAACCAACCUGUAUCAAAUUGGAAGCCUCAAAAUUUCGUUGUUCUAGAAAAGACUCUUCGCCAAUGCAUUCCAUUGAUCCGAUACAGCGAUAUCUCAAGCAAUGAUUACUUCGAAAAGGUAGUGCCUUAUCGGAAAAUUAUUCCGAAGGAUAUGAAAAUGGAAAUUUUGGGUUAUUAUCUUAGCAAUUUGACUCCACAACCUAUCAAACUUUUACCUCCGCGAUCAGGCCCAAUUGACUCUAACAAUAUUAAUUUUACACACAUUAAGUUAAUUUCAUCUUGGAUCGAUAAAAAAGAUAGCACCAGUUCUUCUAACAAAUUUUACAAGCCACGAUAUGAAUUCAACCUCUUCUAUCGCGGUAACCGUGCCGGUUUUGACGCUACGAAAUUCCGUGCACUUUCUGGAUCUCGAAUGGGAAUCGUGGUAGUCGUGAAAAUAAAUCAAACUGGAAAAAUUAUUGGCUGCUAUAUUCCUAGCGAAUGGGAUGAAGAGAUUGGUAGUAAUCUAAAUAUUCCCGAUGCAUUUACAUUUUCCUUCGGUGAUAGAAGUGACCUUCAAAGUGCAAAAAUUUCACGCAACAACUCGGGAAGUCAAAUAGCAUGCAAUCUUUAUCAGGCUAAUGAUAGUCUCUAUUUUUUUACCAGCAACAAAUGUAACGAGUUGAGCUGGUAUUAUGACACUAGGGAAAAUCUUAAUUUUAGAGUAGAUGAAUAUGAAAUAUUUCAAAUUUCAAAAAAAAAGAUCGUGUGA